AUGUCAACACUUACCCCGCCAAACACAACAACAAUAACCCCGCCAAACACAACAACACUCACCCCGACAAACACAACAACACUAACCCCGCCAAACACAACAACACUCACCCCGCCACACACAACAAUAAUAACCCCGCCAAACACAACAACACUCACCCCGCCAAACACAACAACACUCACCCCGCCAAACACAACAACACUCCCCCGCCAAACACAACAACACUCCCCCGCCAAACACAACAACACUAACCCCGCCAAACACAACAACACUCACCCCGCCAAACACAACAACAAUAACCCCACCAAACACAACAACACUCACCCCGACAAACACAACAACACUAACCCCGCCAAACACAACAACACUCACCCCGCCAAACACAACAAUAAUAACCCCGCCAAACACAACAACACUCACCCCGCCAAACACAACAAUAAUAACCCCGCCAAACACAACAACACUCACCCCGCCAAACACAACAAUAAUAACCCCGCCAAACACAACAAAACUAAACCCGCCAAACACAACAACACUCACCCCGCCAAACACAACAAUAAUAACCCCGCCAAACACAACAACACUAACCCCGCCAAACACAACAACACUCACCCCGACAAACACAACAACACUAACCCCGCCAAACACAACAACACUCACCCCGCCAAACACAACAAUAAUAACCCCGCCAAACACAACAACACUCACCCCGCCAAACACAACAACACUCCCCCGCCAAACACAACAACACUACCCCGCCAAACACAACAACACCCCGCCAAACACAACAACACUAACCCCGCCAAACACAACAACACUCACCCCGCCAAAUACAACAACACUAACCCCGCCAAACACAACAACACUAACCCCGCCAAACACAACAACACUCACCCCGACAAACACAACAACACUAACCCCGCCAAAUACAGCAACACUUACCCCGCUAAACACAACAACACCAACCACGCCAAACACAACAACACUUACUCCGCCAAACACAACAACACUCAACCCGCCAAACACAACAACACUCAACCCGCCAAACACAACAACACUCAACCCGCCAAACACAACAAUAAUAACCCCGCCAAUCACAACAACACUCACCCCGCUAAACAUACUUUUACACGGGGAUCAUAG